AUGGGUUAAGAAAAAUUAGAUUAGGAAUGUGAUGUUUUAUUCUUCCCUGAUAAAAGCAAUGAGUAGAAGGUGAUUGAUUUCAUUAAUUUGGCUAAAAAGGAGCUUAAGAUUUGUGUAUUUACUUUUACCAAUACAGCCAUUGCUACAGCCAUCUUGAAAAAAGUUGAAAAUGAAAAAAUUAAAGUAAGAAUUAUUACUGAUGACGUACAAAAUGAAGGUAAAUUUAGUAUAGUAGAUGUGCUUUAAUAUGCUAGCGACGAUUUAAUUAAGUUCAGAACAGAUUUAAAUAAGGAUGCUCACAUGCAUCAUAAAUAUGUUGUUAUUGAUGACAAAAUGAUUGCAACUGGGUCCUUUAACUGGACUUCUGCUGCAGUAUUGAAAAAUAAUGAAAAUUUACUUCUAAUCAAAAAUCAGAAAUUGGCUAAAAUAUACUCAAAAAAUUUUGAGGAACUUUGGGAAUAAUUUAAAUCAACUGAAAAGUCUCUCUCAAAGCUAUCUAGUGAUGUAAAGUAAAGAGGGACAUCUCUGAAAAAUAAAAUAGAAAAAGAAGCUUAAAAAGGUGAAAAGUAGGCUAGUAGCAAAGGUAGAAAGAAAGCUUAGCCAUAAGAAUAAGAGAAAAAGUAAGUUGCAGGAGAUAUGAUAAUUGAAAAUGAGGAAGAAGAUGAAGAUCAAGUAAAAAGAUCAAGAAAACCAAACAACUAAUAAUAAUAAAAGCCCAUUGAAUAAGAAGAUAAUAAUAAUCCUCCACCUUCUAACUAAACACAAAACGGAGAUACAACUCCUGUAAAAAGAGGUAGAAAACCAAGAUAAUUAAGCAGAGAAGAAGAGGAAGAGUUAUAGUAAAAAAAAGAGAAUGCAAAGAAAAAAAAGAAGAUUAAAAAAUUGGUCAAAAUGAGCAAAGUAACUGAGGUUAAAAGGGUGGUUUUAUAGAGCAAAAUGGCUUAAUCUAGAUUCCAAAAAUUCAAGAACAUACUUUACAAUGCAGCUUCAUUCACUUUGGGAGUCUUAUCUUUUGGUUCUUACCUCUAUUUAUCCUAAAGAAAAUUCUGA